UGUUUUGUUUGUGAAUCAGAGAAAGUCUGAAGUUCAUGUGAGAGGGAUUUAUCCACAUUUUCAAAACAUCCACUGAAAAAUGGGAUUUUUGUUUGGAUUAUACACUCUGGGGAGCAUAACAUCCAUUAUCCUGCUUAUUCUGCUGAUGUACAUGUUACAUUCUCCAAUUAAAAGCUACAUACAUCAAUGGAGGGAGAUGAAGCCAAUUCCUGGAAUGGAAGGCGCCUUUCCGUUCAUUGGUAAUGCUUUGCAGUUCAAAGCCAAUGCAGGAGAUUUUUUCAACCAGAUUAUUGAGGGGACUAAUGAAAACAGACUCAGGCCUCUUGUGAAGGUCUGGGUGGGACCCAUCCCCUUCUUGGUUUUAUUUCAUGCAGAGACAAUUGAGGCCGUCAUCAGCAAUUCCAAGCAUUUAGAUAAAUCUUAUCCUUAUAGAUUCCUUCACCCUUGGCUUGGCACGGGUUUACUCACCAGCACAGGAGACAAGUGGCGCAGUCGACGCAAAAUGCUGACCCCAACAUUUCACUUCUCUAUCCUCACUGACUUCCUUGAGGUUAUGAAUGAACAGAGUGAAAUUUUGAUCCACAAGAUGCUGAAACAUGUAGGCGAACAACCAUUUAAUUGUUUUAGCUACAUUACACUCUGUGCCUUGGACAUUAUAUGCGAAACAGCAAUGGGCAGAAAGAUCUAUGCACAGAGUAAUGCUGACUCAGAAUAUGUCCAGACAGUGUAUAAGAUGAGUGACAUUAUCACUCGGAGACAGAGAGCACCAUGGUGGUGGGCUGACUGGAUUUAUAACAUGUUUGGAGAGGGUAAAGAGCAUGCAAAAAGACUCAGGCUUUUACACUCCUUCACUGCAGGUGUGAUCAAAGAGAGAGCAGAGCAUGUGAGUGAACGAUCUGACAGUGAAUCCGACCAUGGCCCGAGAAAGAGAAGGGCAUUCUUGGACAUGCUGUUAAAAACCAGAGAUGAUGCUGGUGCUGUGCUGAGCCAUGAUGACAUUCAGGAGGAAGUGGACACCUUCAUGUUUGAGGGGCAUGACACCACUGCAGCUUCCAUGAACUGGGCCUUACAUCUGAUAGGCUCUCAUCCAGAUGUCCAAAAAAAAAUACAGGCAGAGCUUCAGGAGGUGUUUGGUUCUUCACAGCGCCACGUGGGAGUGGAGGACCUAAAAAGGCUGCGGUACCUGGAGUGUGUCAUCAAGGAGAGUUUGCGAAUCUUCCCUUCAGUGCCGCUCUUUGCACGCAGCAUCUGCGAGGACUGUUACAUAAAUGGUUUCAAAGUUCCAGAAGGUGUAAAUGCUGUGAUCAUCCCAUACGCUCUCCAUCGUGAUCCUCGUUUCUUUCCGGAGCCUGAGGAGUUCAGACCAGAGCGUUUCCUUCCAGAGAACAGCACAGGAAGACACCCAUAUGCAUACAUUCCAUUCUCUGCCGGUGCUCGAAACUGCAUUGGCCAGCGCUUUGCUAUGAUGGAAGAGAAGGUGGUUCUUGCCACUGUGUUGCGUCACUUUGAUGUGAAGGCGUGUCAGAGUCGGGAAGAGCUGAGACCCCUGGGGGAGCUAAUACUCCGUCCAGAGAAGGGCAUCUGGAUCCAACUAGACAAGAGGUCUAACUUAAACUGAGCCACAUCUUGUACAAAAUAUAUGCAGUUAUUCGGGUAUAGAGUAUACAGAGCUUUUGCCUGCCAUUUGUCUGCAUAAUCAAAUGUAUGGUACAGUAUGUGAAUUCUCUGGUACUUCUGUAGAAUUUAAGUUACUUCUCUGUAUCCCGAAGAAAUUUACAGUUUAGCAUGCUUUCAGUAUCCUACAGUGCUCUCUUCUAUAGCAGACUGUAUGUACAUAUUGACAGAACUUUCUAAAAAAUAAAAACAAACUUUUAGUAUUAUUAUUAAUUGUUAGAGCCAUCUGAUCCAUUCAAAACCAAAUGUUACUAUUAAACAUUGUAAGCGUUUGUUCAAUAUUAUUGUUAUUUUCUAAAUAACAAUAUAUUUUAGGGACAUCUUUUAUACUGUAAUAAACAUUCAAUGGCCAUUUGA